AUGGCAGGACGAAUUCUUCCAAUUGCGUUAGCUACGAUAUCAGGUGUCGCGAUCGGUGUCGCGACAUUCGAUGGGGAGUUCAAAGCGCAGCAGAGGGAACGAUUAGAAGAGGACUACAAGCGCAAUGUUACUGCCGUAUCCGCCUUGAACACUGGGGGUCCUUCACCGAUGGCAUCGAGCGCUACACAAACCUCCAAAACCACGCAGUCUCCGGUUGAGCAGAAAGCCGCGCAGCCAUCGAGGCUCUCAUCCAUGCUAGGCUCCUGGGCCUGGAGGAAAGAAACUACAAAACCAGCACUGCAAGAAGAAGCAGUAGCGGAUAGCGCGCCGGCAGAGUCGAAACAAAAGCCUUAG